UACGCUGUAAAGCUUCUGUUCCCUGAAUGUAAUCCUCCAUACGAGAGUGAGCGGAUGCUAGCGGCUGCGUGCAUUUGUUUGCUGACUUUCGUGAACUGCUGGGAGGUGAAAUGGGCCACUUUUGUACAGGUUGAGAACUUUACCUGGGAUGAUACUGAGACUGAUGUACGGAAAAUAGCCUUGUCAUUCUACUCCGGACUCUUUGCUUACAAUGGAUGGAAUUAUCUAAACUUUGUUAUUGAGGAACUCCAGGACCCAGUAAGGAAUCUACCACGUGCGAUCUCUAUCUCUUGUGUACUGGUGACUGUUGUCUAUGUACUUGUAAACAUUGCUUUUUACACUACACUCAGUAUUCCCGAGGUCCUGGGUUCAGAGGCAGUAGCAGUGACCUUUGCCGAGCGCCUCUACGGGAACUUUGCUUUCAUGAUUCCAGUAUUUGUUGCAAUGUCAACUUUUGGAGGAGUUAACGGAAUCCUGCUGACCUCCAGCCGUCUAUUCUACGCUGGUGCCUGUGAAGGUCAAAUGCCCGAAAUUCUGAGCAUGAUUCAGGUCAUUUUCUAUUUACCAUGCAGGUCUACAGGGAUUAUUCAUGCCCUGCUCUCUUUGGUUUACCUUUGCUCUUCAGACAUCUACGCGUUAAUAAAUUAUGUUGGAUUCGCUACUUGGGUAUCUAUCGGUCUAGCAGUAUUCUGUCUACCCUGGUUAAGAUGGAAGCAUCCUGAAUGGGAAAGACCGAUUAAGGUUCACCUGAUCUUCCCAAUAAUCUACAUUAUUUGCACAAUCUUCAUCACCGUAGUUCCGAUGAUUGCAUCCCCAAUAGAGACAGGUAUCGGUAUUGCUAUUAUUGCUACCGGUGUCCCUGUGUACUUUGUGUUUAUUGCCUGGAAAAACAAGCCUCCAGUUGUUCUGAAGUUCAUAGGUUUGUUGACAAUAGUUCUGCAGAAAAUGUUACUCGUCGUGCCAAAAGAAACGGAUUAAAAAGUUUUGUUCCAGCAGAACAAAAUUGAAAGUUUAAACCAUAAUUAAUUUAGACCUUUGGUGUGAAUUGAAAGCAAAAUAAUACAUUGUACAAUUUUGUAAAAAUGUACAAUCAACUGUAGGCAUGUACAAAGCUUAUGUACUUUUUUAGUUUUACCUUAAAGAAAAUGUCGGCACAAUGUUCAGUGACACUAUAUUUUAUGAGGGUCUUUUUAAGGAUUCAUAACAAUUACGUGACGGUGACGGGUAUUUUUACUUUAAUCGGGAAAUGGAACAAUCCAAUAUUCAAAUUGUAAAUUUCAAGGUAUUAUAUAGGAUUAACUAGGAUUAUGUCGAGAGCUCUAAAAACCGUACAAUGUUUUCUGCACAAUGUUCUCUUAACAAAUUACGUUUUAUGAAAGUAAAAACAUUUAUAAAUAGUCUUUGCCUACACAAUUCUUAAAUGCGCGCGAACAGUUUUAAAUGAUUGAACAUUUAAUUUACAUAUAUUUGCUAAAUAAUCGCUUUGUACUAAAGUCAGAACUUGUGUUGUGAAUCUCGGGAUGAAGCAUUGAUCUCCAUCUUAUUCAAACUUACAGAUUUAUCGAAUUCAUCUUCGAUAUCCCGUAGUGGUUAUACCCGGCAGGGAUAACGAAAAUGAAGAGAUCAAGCAUUUUAAAGUGCCCGCAUUGGAAAUCAAGAUCAAAAUUUUCGAGAUUAACGAUACUCCAGUUCCCGGUUCUGAUUACAAAUAUUUAAUUAUAACAUUGUCUAAUUUCCACUAAUGUAAAACCAGCUUCCAAAUUUACUAAAAAAUCAAAAUCAAGCCUUGAUUGUUAAGUUUUAUAGAGUUUUAACAAUAGAAUAACAUGCUAUGAGAAAUGUAGUUUAAAGAUACCAGAUGACUGAUUAAAACUCUUGUCUUGCCUAAAUGUUAAAUUGAAGCAGUCUUGUACUUGUAUGUUAGCUAGCAGUUUACUUAAUUCAGAAAAAAAGAUUUAAUUCCUUUGUUAGAAUAGGGAGUAUUCUGAAUAAUGCUUAAUAAUGUGAGUCUUCAGUAAAAAUGAUGAGGGCUUAUAAUGAAAAUGAUAGAACCCUUUUUUAUAAACCAUCAGGCGCUGUAAUUCAAAAGCUAGAUCUUUUUUAUAAUUGUUCAUAUUUCUAGCGAACUCUAUAUGAAGAAAAUUAUCUAGUGAUUUCGGUAAAACUAAAAAAUUACGACUUUUCAUUGCAAUGUUAAAAGAAUAUAGCUUUCAACUGUUGGCCUUCUUCUCUAAAUAUUAACCAUAUAGAAGAUAAAUAUAAUUUUAAGCAUAAAUGAUUUGCUAUGAUGUGACCAUGUUUAUUUUUUAUUUUUAUGAAAGUUAACGUAAUAAAUGU